UUUCGAUGCCAUCAGCAGGCAUUGAUGUGCCACCAAUUCGAUCAUUUCGUGUGGGCGCCAUGGGUUCGGCGAGUCUGUUCGAGCGGCUAGACGCAUGCUUGGCCGAAGAGCGAGCUGAACUUGAAAAGCGACAUGGCUUGCUCCUCAAGGAGCUCAUGGCAGACCACCCUGCUUCGCAUGACAUGCUGCGGCGCCCGGAGCCCAAUGAGGUUCCCGUGCCUUUCAACGGGGAGGCAGAUGGAAACGGCCCGCCAUUAGCAUCGCCAUUAGCAUCAACAUCAUCAAUUGCUGAUGUUUUUGGGCAAUUGCCAAAGACAGCGAACCCCUCAUUGGAUUGCGCAACAACCCUCUUAUUGGAUGAAGCGAAGGAAGAAGAUAAUUUUGAAAGGCUGGGUUCGAAUCCAGAAACCCUGCCUGGGUCUGUGAAAAUGAAGGUUUUUUUGACAUACAAGUAG